AUGAUGUCACGGGAGGAGCCGCCAGCGACGACGUCAAAGGAGUCGCCGAUGACGUCACAGGGGCAGCAGAUGACGUCACGGGAGGAGCGGUCAAUGACGUCACAGGAGCAGUCGGUGACGUCAGAGGGGAAGUCGAUGACGUCACAGGCCCCGCCCACCGCGCUGUCGCCCACCCUGAGCUUCCCCCUGGGGCACCGGGCCCAGCUGGCCGCGCGCGCCGCCGCCGCGCGCAUCCGGCUCCGGCUCCGGGGGCUCUGUCCCGGCGGCUCCUGGCGCAGCCUUGGGGACGUUCGGGCGGCGCUCGAGGGGCCCGGGACCCCCAUCAGCGAGUACGUGGUGCGGCACUGGCAGUCGGACGCGUUUUUCGGGGAGCAGUUCCUGAGCGGGGUGAACCCCGUCCUGCUGCGCCGCUGCCGCCGCCUGCCCCCCAACUUCCCGGUCACCGGGGACAUGGUGGCACCGAGUUUGGGGACAGGGACCGACCUGAGCCAGGAGAUGGAGGCCGGCCGCCUCUUCCUGGCCGACUACGCGCUGCUCGAGGGGCUCCCCACGGGCGCCAUCGGGGGGCGCCCCCAGUUCGUGGCCGCCCCCCUGUGCCUGCUCUGGCUCGGCCCCCGCGGCCGCCUCCUGCCCGUGGCCAUCCAGCUGUCCCAGCACCCCGGGCCGCGGUCCCCGAUUUUCGUCCCCGGUGGCCGCGGUUGGGCCCUGGCCAAGCUGUGGGUGAGGAGCGCGCACUUUGUGCUGCACGAGAUGGUGACGCACCUGCUGCACGGCCACUUCCUGGCCGAGGCCUUCGCCGUGGCCACCCAGCGCCUGCCGGCCGCGCACCCCGUGCACCAGCUGCUCCUCCCCCACGUGCGUUUCACCUUCCACAUCAACAUCCUGGCGCGGGAGACGCUGCUGAACCCCGGGGGCAUCAUCGACCAGGCCACCUCGGUGGGCCGCGAGGGGACGCUGGCGCUGGUGGCCCGGGGCACGGCGGCGCUGACGUUCCGCGAGCUCUGCGUCCCCGACGACGUGGCCGAGCGCGGCGUUGGGGACAUCCCCGGCUACCACUACCGGGACGACGCCAUGGACAUCUGGGAGGCCAUCCACGGCUACGUGGAGGGCAUCGUGGCGCUCUUCUAUGCCGAGGACGAGGAGGUGGCCGAGGAUGAGGAGCUGCAGGAGUGGGUGGGCGAGAUCUUCACCUACGGCGUCCUCGGCAACGAGAAGAGCGGGUUCCCGUCCAAGCUCUGCAGCCGCCCCGAGCUGGUGAAGUUCCUGACCAUGAUCAUCUUCUGCUGCUCCGCCCGGCACGCGGCCGUCAACAGCGGCCAGUACGACUACGCCGCCUGGAUGCCCAACACGCCGGGGACGAUGCAGCGGCCGCCGCCGGCCGGUGACAACGAGGCCACCGAGGAGCUGCUGGUGGCCUCGCUGCCGUCCCCCGAGGCCACCGGCGCCCUGCUGGCCCUGCUGAGCGUGGUCAGCUACGAGGGCGGGGAGCUGCGUCCCCUGGGGUCCCGUUCCCAGGAUCUCCUGGCCGGUCCCGGUCCCCGUUCCGUCCUGGCCGCGUUCCGGGCGCGCCUGGCCGAGAUCUCGGAGCGGAUCCGGCGGCGAAACGCGGAGCUGGAGCUGCCCUACCCCUACCUGGAGCCCACCUGCGUCACCGAGAGCAUCUCCAUAUGA